AAAUUCUAAUUUAUUUGUUAAUAUAUUGCAUUUAGAUGUACAUUUUGAUGAAGUGUUUAAUUUUUGGUUAUUCAUUUUAUGCAUAGUGGUCGUUUUUCAUUUGUUCUGUGAUUUUAAUAUGUAUUCUAUUUCUAUUUCAAAAUGUUUAUUUUACUCUUCUAAUCUUUCUAUUUACAUUUUAUAUUUACCUCAACUGCCUUUUUUAAAAUAACCAUUUCAUGUUCGUCAUUCAAAAUCAAUGAUAAUGCAUCUGCUUGUUUUUAUACAAUUAAAGGUCACCCAGUAAACAUCAUGUUGAAGAAUUCCAAGAUUCGCUGUAAUUUAGGACUUUUUUUGUUAGCGUGUUGGCUAAUCUAAUAAAGAUGUGCACAGACAAACCACUGCCAUUGUCAAAUCCUGAGUGUUAUUUGUCAUGUUGUUACCUGACGAUUUAUUGCAAACAUAUAUGGAAGCAAGCGCUUGUCUCACUUGAUAUGGUUAUAUCACAUUUCGCUGUAAGUUACUUUAGUUGUUGCCAUGCCAAUGGUGACUUGUGAGAAUUAAAUGUAAAUGAAAUUAAAGGGCACAAAAACAGAAAUUGCACUGUAACGAUAAAUGACAGAAAGUUGCACACAAAUAAACCCUGGUGGAGGUAAUCAGCACAUUAGAAAUAUUUAUAAGGGAAACCUGCUUGGAUAGUAACGUCAUCUGUUUUUUUAGGGGUGGGGGAUUUAAUAGAUGCGUUGAGGUAAAAAUGCACUUACGUGUUAUGUUCAUGUGUCACACUAGCAGGGCAGUGCUGAAAAGUGGGCAUGUCCAGUGAGUGAGCAUGUUUUCGUGAAUAUAAAAGUAGAUUUUAGUUCUGCCUGCUUGACUGCUCCCAGCCGACUCAAAGGCAUAAGUAAUUACAGUACACUGCAGCCUGCCAGCACCUCCAACACCACAGAUUUUCGGGAGCGGCUUGUUUUGCCCAGGCAGCAUGGAUUUGGUGUCCUCCAUACUCUCAACCCUCUCUCUGCCUCGUAUCUCCAUCCUGGCCCCCGACCCUCCACCCUCCACACCCUCUCCUCCUCCUCUACCUCCUUCCCCCCUUCAGCAUGCUGAUGUUCUGUGUGGCAGCUGCCCGCCUGGUUCUGCCCCACAGACUAGCGCCGUUUGGCCAGGCCAGACGCCUGGAACCGGCUUCCCCAGCUGGCCUGCGCAGGCCACCCAGCAGAUAUUGCCCACCCAGCAGCAGGUCCAGCCCACCCAGCAGGCCUCGCAACCUGCACCGUGCUGGACCGGGCAGCCUAACACUCCAUGCUGGUUGGGGACUCAACCGUUGCCCGUCUCUGGACCCAGCCCUCUUCCGGUCCCACCUCAGAUCCUAACACCCUCGCCUGCUCCACCUGCAAGCAUGAUCCCUGCUUCAGCUCCGGCUCAGACCGUGGCUCCGGCUCCGAGUCAAAUCUGCCAGCCUUGUUGGCCUGGCCAGUAUCAGCCUGCCCAGCCUCCGGUUCAGGUUCAGGUACCCUUUCAGGUCCCGGCUUUAUCUCCAGUUCCUGUUCCAGCACCCGCUCCCAUUUCCACCCCUACUCAUGCUCCAACCCCGAGCCUCCAUCCAUCUUUGCCAACAUGGGCUGCCCAUCCUGGUUGGCCAUACAACCCCGGACAGCCAGGAUGGCCCGGACAGAACCCGGCCCUGGUGCCGAAACACUGGCUGCCGCCAACAUCAGGACCACUAAGCGUACCAUACAAUCUAAACCUGGCUCGAGGUGUCUACGACAAGAUGAUGAUGACCAUUCUGGGCCAGAUAAAACCUAAUGCGAAAAUGUUCACUAUAAACUUCCUACGAGGCAAUGACAUCGCCUUCCACAUCAACCCUCGCUUCGGUGAAGGGGGAAAGCAAGUGUUGGUGCGUAAUCACAAGGUGGGCGAGCAUUGGGGUCCGGAGGAGAGGGACCUGAAGGGACCCUUCCCCUUUGCCCUGGGGAGCCCCUUUGAGGUUACCUCUCCUCGGGUUGAAUGUCAGGCUAACGUUUGGCUGAAAAGAUGGAAAGGGUUGGAAAGGCGAUUGGGAAAGCUGAUCCUAAAUCAGGGAAAUGACGCCCCACAGGGAGACUCCUGGAGAUGAAGAUCUUGUGCACACAAGACUCCUUCCGCGUGGCGGUCAACAACAUUCCGUUGUUUGAAUUCCGCCACCGUGUCCGCGAGCUCAACCAGAUCAACAGAAUCAACAUCCUGCAUGAUGUUGUCC